GUCAAGACGGAGAGGCCGAAAAACCAUCGACGAGCGAUCCGCGUUGACAAAAUCAUGGCUGCGCGACGUUGAUGACAUAGACAAGUGCUGGCAGACUGUGGCUUGAUCCGUUCAAGAUCUCUGGUGGUGUUUCUUUAGAAUAUCUCUUGUUUUCUCUCUAGAGGGUAAAGGGACCAAGUUCACGUGUAUUUCGGCCAAAUUUCAGCACUAUAUAAACACCGGUCUUACUUGACAGUAGCAUGCUAGCUGCGGUUUCGAUUCGUGAUUGGCAUCGAUCUUUCGUUGUUUCUACUUGAGCUCCGGACACCGGAAUCUCUGUGAAUUCUUCUUGAAGAAGCAACCUAGUUUGUCCCUUUAUGGUCCUGGAACGGUGUAAACACACAGAUCACUAGCAAACUGGUGUUUCCUCACCGCAUCUCAACGGGCAGUUAGUACUGUUUUGUUGUUUUGUUUUCUCGACAAUUGAGGAUCCUGUCAACCAUCAUGGCGAAACAUUCUCCCUUAGCUUUCAACAAUGCGUGCCUUACUCUUGUCAUGUCCACAGCUGUAUUCCUCCUCGUGUCUCUACACUCCUCGGAGGCAACUGGCUUGCCCAAAAGUUUGAUAUCAAGAUGGAAGGAGGCGACCAAAGAAAGGAACCGAAACAAGGGCACAUUUGAUGAGAAAGAUAUGGGCAUCAUAACCAUGAAUCUUGAGAUCGAACACCCAUCAACGAAACAGAGUGAUGGCGAGGGGACCGAGUUUUAUUGUUUAAGAAAACACCUUUCCGAUGACGAUGGUGAAGUUCACAUAGUUGGUUUCGCACCUGAAUCACGCGAUAACGAUGUAGUGAAGAUGGUUCUGUAUGGAUGUCCGCAGGUCUCUCAAGGAACACCGGGACAAACCAGCAAUAUGUGUACAGAUCAAUGUAUUGGUCCGUCGGUUCCAAUUUACGAGUGGGAGCGUGAUGGGUGCCCAGUCUACCUCACCAGGGGAGAGGUUGUCACAGUGGGUGGACCUUUCCUUAUUCACGAGCUUUUCUUAGAGGUGCAGCAUACGAAAGGUGCUUCAGUAUCGGCUGGACUUACACUUAAAGUUCUUCCGGAGUCUCAUGUACACUCGGAUGAAACUGUUCAGAAAAUGAUUGCAUACUACCAGAGCCAGCCGGGUUUUGAGCCUUGUGAUGGCAGCGCUAGUAACGAACGUGCUUCGGAAUCUCCAGCCUCUUCGUUCAUUGUUGAGGAAAGACCAGCUGAAGACGAACCUCAGAACGUCAUCAUUCCACAGGAGGCAUACCAGGCCGACUACAGGUUCGCAAGGGCCUACCCAGCUCCAGCCGAAAGUCCAUACAGCGCCAAUGGGUUGGAUGCUGAGGAAUGGUGGCCCAGAGAGAGUAUUCGUAUGGGACAAGUAGCUGGGGUAGAUACUGACCAGCAUGGCUUGGUGUAUGCCUUCCAACGAGGGGAGAGACGCUGGCUGCCAAGUGAUUUCGACGACAACCACGUGUUCAACCAGAAGAAGAGAGCCAUCCAGAAUGAUGUAGUUCUUAUGAUGGAUCCACACAGUGGAUACGUCUUAGACUCAUGGGGAGCUGGAAGGUUCUAUAUGCCGCACGGUAUCACUAUCGACCACGAAGGCAACACGUGGCUGACUGAUGUUGCAUUGCACCAAGUAUUCAAAUUCCCACCAGGCAAGAUGAAGCCUAGUCUGGUGAUUGGUAAGCGGUUCCAACCCGGCUCAGACUGGAAGCAUCUUUGCCAACCCACGGACGUGGCUGUGGACAGCAAGACGGGUAACUUCUUUAUUGCUGACGGGUAUUGUAACAGCCGUGUGCUGAAGUUGGCUCCGAACGGGUCUGUGCUGAUGGAAAUAACGGCACCGUCUAAUCCAGACCAGCCAGAAGACCUACGAACCUUCAACAUUCCUCAUAGCCUGGCUCUUGCCGAGAAGCGCCAACUCCUAUGCGUAGCAGACCGAGAGCAUGGCCGCAUUGUGUGUUUCAACAGUACCACCGGAGAAUAUGACCGGCAGAUUACACAUGAAGAGUUUGGUGGACGGGUCUUUGCCAUCGCCUACGAUAAAGAUGAAGAUGUUCUGUACGCAGUGAAUGGGCCAACUGAUGACGAGUACUACCCAACAAAGGGCUUCACUAUCGGGCUGGAUAGUAAUAGAAUACUAUCAACAUGGAAUCGCCCAGUAGGUGAAGAGCAACUCAUGGAGCCCCAUGACAUCACAGUCCAUUCCGGGGAAAUCUAUGUGGCAGAUGUCGGGGCAAAUCGAGUCUGGAAGUUCUGGGACGAGGCUACGCCUAGCAAUGACGUAUUGGACAACGGUGGAUGGUGGAGAGGCUAAAUGCGACACAGAAACAAAGACUAUGGUCUACAUCAGUCUCAACACAGUUCCACAAGUUAUUGUAGAACACACACAAGUCGAAAUAGCUGUACCUUGCGUACAUUUAAUCGUGUAUCUUGCUAUUGUUUUAGUUUGUUUUCUUUGCAAGAACCGUUGCAACGGUUGAAUUAUAUUCAUUUUUUUUCGAUAACAAUUAAUCGUUACAACGAUUAUGUCUAGAAAGGGGAAUUGUGCUUACAGUGCAAUGUAUAAAGAUGAUAUGUGUUUUGGGGAUUUGUCACAAAGAUUUAAUAACGACACAUAUCCAUUGAAGUAAUGAAACAAUUGAUUACUAAUGUAUCAUACAUGACGAGCAGUGCACUUGGAGCUCAGCUGACUAGAGUGCAGACUUUUUGGAGCAAGCGCCAUGAGCGCCUGUAUUGGCGGAGUCGAUACCGGCGCUAUUAUAAGACUUCAGUUAUCAUCUGCGGUAAGGCCAAAUGUUGUCUAUAGAUGUACAAUUUGGAUUGGUAUAAAUUAGCAUAAUGAUUAGUCGCAGAUGUCAUGAUAAACUACGUUAACCAAUCCCAAAAUGGAUGUUUGGAGAGUUUAACUUUUUAAUUUCUAGCCAUCGAAUGUUAUUUUUAUGUUGUGAAUACGACUCACGCACAAUGUUUUGAUUUAACUAAUAAGUAUGAAAUAUCUGUGGAAGGAGACGUUAUCUACAACAGUACAUGAAGCAAAGGACUUUCACGGUUUAAUUAAAUGUUUUUCAGAAGUAGACUACACGGGGUUCGAGGGUAGUUCAAAAGGAAAUACUGGUCUGUGUUAUGAGAUUGCUGAUUACAACUAUACAUAUAGGGGAAAACAUGCAUUCGCCUUAGGCUGUUUUCUCGAAAGAAUUUAAGUAUUUCUAUAGAUUCAUUAUUUAGGUGAAACGUUGUGACAUGGAAAGAGCUAUUAAGUGCACCUUGCUGGGACAUUAAAUUUAGCAUUCAGGGAUCAAAUUUUAAAAUAAAACCUCCUAAAUCCGAUGAAUUCUUACUAGGUUAUUUUGCUUAAAUUAUCGACAAUAAUCAAAGAAUGUUUAUUUUUGUGAGUAUUAUGAUGUAUAGUUAUAUGACGAUGUCUUAGAGAAAUAUCAGUGAUGUAAAGUUAAUGCCUAAAUAUUACGGUGUUAUGUAUAUUGGUGUAAAUAGGAAAUGAUAUUAAUAUGGUAUAAAUGUCAGUAUUGUGUUUUCGAUAUUAGGUGAGUUUGCCAAACUUCACUUUCGAUUCGAGUCCGGUUUCGGUUUUGGCUUUCUUACUAGCUCUGGCCUACUCAUGAUUUGCGACGUUCGUUUUGUUGAAGAAGUUGCCCAUUUGAACACGAAGUCCGCAACUCGAUUUACUGGAGAAGAGAUAUCUGUAUCAAAAACAGUUCGAUCCAGAUUUAUAGAGGCUUGCCUAUCAGUCCUCCCGAAUCAGCCUCCAAAACGGUUGAUGUUGCGCCCUCUAUUGGUGACUAAUACACAAAACGGUCGCCAAUUAGGACUAGCUCUGGUAAGUUUGCCAAGUUGCUACUCCUCUUUGAAAUCAAAUAAUUUUAAAGACUGCAGGUGGGGAUGAAACUGAGAUGAAAGCCACAGCUAGAGUUUGGGCCGGAUGCGAUGGUGAGAUUAGACUGUUUUCAAGUUGACUAUUUUCAAGUCGCAUGCCAAAAGUAUUCCACUUAAAAAUGGCGGACAAAAUUGUUGCGAUUGUAAUGAGCCUGUGUUAUGAGUGAAUAGUGUGGUAGACAUCUUUAGUCCCCAUUGUGUAGAAUUUACAUACAGCCAGCCAACAUAUGAAUUAAUAACACGUCAUUGGUUAGAUUGAUCUAAUAAUAAAAAAAUUGGCAAAUCAAUCAAUGUAAUUUUAAUUUCGUACCAGCAAUACCAAACUCCGAGUCAGAAAACUUAAUUUUAUAUCUCUUUAAUAACAUGUUGUUUUCCUCAAGCUUUACAACUUGUCUUUUGUUGGACCUUUGCAUAAAGGGAAGUUUGAAUGAAUGCACUUUCCUCAACCACUGUGUGUUGCACAACAACAAAAAUCCCCUAGUAAUACGCAAUGAGAUGACAGCCUUGAUGUCCAUAUUGACAAACAUCUUGUUCAAGUUUACUUAUUGCUUAUUGAAGAGACCAUUAUUGAAAUAAAGACGUAUGUACUAACUUGAUGAAAUGGUA